AUGGGAUCGGACUCGAGCCGUGUUGAUGGGCUUGUGGCUCAGCUGGCGCGUACAUUUAAGAUUCGGGACAUGGGACCCCCGUCUUUCUUUCUUGGCAUUGAGACGAUGUCACUAUCUGAUGGUAUUCUUCUGUCUCAACGGCGUUAUAUACAGGAUAUUCUUAGACGUGCAGGCAUGGUUGACUGUAAAUCGGUUUCUACGCCUAUUUCGGUGGCUCGGUCUGAUGUUGAUGAUUCUACUCCGUUUGCUGAUCCUACUCACACCUCGCCCACCACUGCUGACUGGGCGGUUAUGAAACGUGUUCUGCGGUACGUGAAAGGCACUCUUGGUAUGGGUCUCUGUAUUCGCAAGUCGGAGUCUCUUGCGUUGCAUGCGUUCUCGGAUUCGGAUUGGGCAGGUAAUCCGGAUGACCGAAAGUCUACAAGUGGGUUUGCCGUCUUCUUGGGGUCCAAUUUAAUUGCUUGGUCUUGUCGGAAGCAGCGGACAGUGGCGCGGUCCUCUACUGAGGCCGAAUAUAAGGCACUGGCUGAUGUGGCGACGGAGGUCACGUGGUUGGUUUCUUUGCUGCGCGAAAUUGGCUUUCCUCCAGACUCUGCGCCGGGGCUGUGGUGUGAUAAUCUGGGAGCAACAUACCUCUGUGCUAAUCCGGUUUUUCAUGCACGAACAAAGCAUGUUGAAAUUGAUUAUCACUUUGUUCGAGACAAGGUUGCCAAGAAGGAGUUGCAGGUUCAUUUUAUUUCCACGAAGGACCAGCUAGCUGAUAUUUUCACCAAGCCACUUGCAUCUGCUCGGUUUUCAUUGCUUCGGGACAAGCUCAAUAUUUCGAAUGCUCCACCUUGA